AUGCAUUCAUAAAUCCUCGUUAUCUCAUAUGAAUUUGAUUCUUUGAAGUAAGGUUCACUAUUUUACUCCAUAGGCUGUUCAAGCCGAGGAUCUAAGAAAAUAGUAGAAUCAUUUUAACAAUAUUUCAUAUAAUUCAACAUUAUCCUUUUCUCCUCAAAUCUAAAGACCUUUUCAUUAAACUUUGA